AUGGAGCUUCUUGCCAACUGCUCUCUUGCUAACUUUACUUUUAUUGCUGUCAAUGAAGCAAAUUGUACAAAUUCUUCCAAUUUUCCUUUCAUUGCUCAGGAAUUCAAAGAACCCGAAGUCGUCCGAUGGCUGCGCAUUGUUGCCUAUGGUAUGUUAUUCCUUUCAGGAGUGGUAGGAAAUCUGAUGGUUGUUCUGGCCUUUCGACAACCAAGGAUGAAGACGGUACCGAAUCUGUUUAUCACAAACCUGGCCAUCGCGGAUGGAGUUGUUUCUUUAGUUAAUGUACCACUCGUAGCACUCCAUGCUCACCUAUCGUACUGGCCAUUUGGGAACUUCUUGUGCAAGCUUCUUCCAUUUUUGCAAGGAGUUUCCUUGUCGGCAUCCAUUGGCACCAUGAUGGCGAUAGCAGCCGAUCGAUACAAGGUUAUAGUUCAUUAUGAGUUGCCCAAGCUGACUCUAAUGCGGGCAAAGUUUUGGAUCGGUGCUAUUUGGUUGGCAUCAUGUGUUCUUCCAUCUCCUCUUUUGUAUUACUCUACAACUAUUCAAGCUCCUGUUAAUGGUGUAAUGCGAUCAAAGUGUACCGAGAUAUGGCCCAACCCCACAGCAGUAAGGGUCUUUUCUCUUAUGAUAUUUUUGUUCUUGUACUUCAUUCCAUUGGUUAUCAUAUGUGGACUGUAUGGCCUCAUUGCACGAGCAUUCAGGAAUCUUCCAACUGCCCAAAAAGUCUCCCAUAAAGCCCAAAAGCACAUAAUCCGUAUGUUUAAUGUAGUCGUCUUCUUCUUUGCACUCUGUUGGCUUCCCUAUCACGUGCUAUUUCUAUAUAUGGACUACGCCAUGGCAGAGCUGACGAGCACUAUGCUAUCAUUGGUUCUCUUUACCCAGUGGCUUGUCUACGCCAAUAGCGCCUGCGAUCCUAUUUUGUACGCGGUGUUCAACACAAAUUAUCGACGUCAGUUCACUCAGAUGCUUAAAUUUUCCUGCAAGCGUGACUAUUCGGUUAGUAGUACGCAUGCGUAUGCACUACAAGAUUCCAGGAUUGUUAUUGGACGACAGGCAUCGUGCCCUGUCCCUUGUAGCAUUGCUGACAAAGAGCAAGAACCAAGACGACCAACCAUUUAA